GGGGGAGGGGAGGGCAGAGGGAAGGUAGUGACACGUGUCAAUCAACCCCCCUCCGGGGGGCGCGCGCUCCGGGGCUCGCGCCGAGGGCUCGCGCCCCUGCCUCGUGCCUGCGCCGCUCGUAUGUAAAUGAGGGCGCGUGACGCGGGACGCAGAUGGACAAGGGAAGAGAGAGAAUGGCCGCUGCCGCCGCUGCUGCCGCCGCCGCCGCUGCCGCUCAGUGCCGGAGCCCUCGGUGCGCGGCGGAGAGGAGAGGAUUCCGGCGGGAACUCGACUCUUGGCGCCACCGCCUCAUGCACUGUGUAGGUUUUGAGAGUAUUUUAGAAGGGCUUUAUGGACCACGGCUACGAAGAGACCUCAGUUUAUUUGAAGACUGUGAACCAGAAGAGCUGACUGACUGGUCUAUGGAUGAAAAAUGUUCAUUUUGUAACCUACAGAGAGAAGCAGUCAGUGAGUGUGUACCAUCUCUUGAUUCUUCACAGUCAACGCCAACAGAGGAGCUAUCAUCUCAGGGCCAGUCCCACACUGAUAAGAUUGAAUGCCAAGCAGAGAAUUACCUAAAUGCACUCUUUCGAAAGAAAGAUCUUCCUCAGAACUGUGAUCCUAACAUUCCCUUAGUUGCUCAGGAAUUAAUGAAAAAGAUGAUACGUCAGUUUGCAAUUGAGUACAUUUCAAAAAGUGGUAAAAUUCAAGAAACUAGAAAUGGGUCGAUUGGAGCAAGUCUCGUAUGUAAAAAUAUCCAAAUGAACCAAGCAGAAAACUGCCUUCAGGAUGAGCAGGAAGGCCCCUUAGACCUCACUGUGACGCGAACGCAAGAGCAAGCUGCUCAGCAAGGGGAUGGAGUGUUAGAUCUCUCUACAAAGAAAACCAGCAUAAAAUCUGAAGAGUCAUCCAUAUGUGAUCCUGCUUCCGAAAGUGCAGUGGCUGGUUCAACUGUUGAUGCAAAAUCAGAGGAAGCUACUAAAAUGGAAAAAGGAAAAUCAGCAUUAAGCAAAGUUUUGGACUCUUUGUGCAUACAUCACCAUCAACAAGUUUUGGCUAUGUUGAAAUUUCUAGUCCAAGAGCAGAAUGCUGCUUCUCUUUGCUGUUGUAAUUCAUCAUGUGCUGUGUCUUCAGAAUCUCAAAAGCCCCUGGUGGAGGAUGAUAUACAUGGUCUGUUCUGUAGCUGUGAAUAUAGACUGGCAGAAAGAGGGUGUUUACAUAAUGAGAGACAAAGCCCUGGUUUAGUAUCUCUGCCAGUCUGUAUUAAAGAAUUACAUUGUUUGUCUUGUCAAACUGUAACUGUUGAACACUCUAAGACAGUAAUGAAUAGAGGAAUUGAAAGUUAUAAUCCACACAGGUGCAGUUGUGGACAGUUAGCAAAGAUUCACUCUACAGAAUCAGCCUUUCACAGCCCUCUUUUGUCAAAGGAAGUUUGUGAUCCUUCAGUCACUCUUAAAGAUGCCUGUAGAUCUCGAAGUCCCUCACCUCCACCAUUAUCACCUGUGGAGACUGGAGGGUUUGAAAAGUGGAAAGACAUCGUCACAGAGCUUUCGGCCUUAGAAAAUAACAAACUUGAGACAAGUAUUAACCAGCCUCCAUCUCUCACACCAGCAGAGAUAAGUGUUCACAAAUGUGGCCAUGACAGCAAAACACAUAAAACUAAGAAGUCUAAUAACUCUUGCCCUGUGCUUGUGGAUGCCAGCAGUAGUUGUACUACAAAUCCUGAAAAGGGGGAAACAGCUGUAAUUUUUCAAGAUCUAAUGGAUCGUAUUAAUGAAAAACUAAAAUCAAUAGAAACCACAGAUAUAGCAAACCUUAUAAAAUUACCUAGCAAUGACUGUGAUCCAGACAAUGAUUUUAAAUUGGGAGAUUUAAUAACAUCUCUUUUGCACAGUGCAACAGCCAGUGAUUAUAGUUUUAUGGAAUUAUUGAGUCAACAUGAUAAAAAGGUAGAAAAUAAAAUUAUUCAGACAAGAUUCCGCAAACGUCAACAAACUUUAUUUGCAAUGCACAACUCUCCUGAUUCACCUGUGAUCAGAAGGCAGUCUUUACAGAUAAAAAGAGAACUCGCCAGUCUUGAUGAAAACUUUCUGAGAAAAAGAUACAGUGAAAAAAAUUCAAGAAAAUUGUCAUGUAAUGAUAACAUGCUUUCAGUUAACAAAGAAGAAUCUCAGCCUUGUCAAGAGCCUUUUAAAAAUUCUAAAAGCUUUCAAAAUGGAAAUCAUGCAGAAAUACCAUUUUCUCCAAAUGACGUAGCACCAUCACUGCAGGUACCUCGUGGGAGUUUGGAAACUAACUUGUCUUUUGAUCAGUCUUCAGAAAACUUUAAAGCAACUUCAUUUGAGGAAAUGAGCCAAAGAAAAUCACAGGAGAGGUCUACAGCUGAGAAACUAACUAUACAGAAUAAUAGGGAAAAUACAAAACUAGAAAAUAUUCAAACACUUCUGAGAACUGAUGCUCGUGGGCUUUUGAGCAGAACUAAACGAAAUAUUGUGCCACCAGGGUGGUAUUCUAUAUAUGUAACAAACAAUGCUGUUUCUAAAAAGUCCCCUGAGGGCCAAAAAAUAUCAGACUCUGCACAUAGAAAAGAUCCAGUCAGAGAUCCAAUUGAAAGUUUCCAAAAUAUAGACUUAAACAAAAUUGCAAUGAAUUCGAAUUUGCAAGUUGUUGUAGAGCGCUUGGAAGACACAAUAAAUAUGGCUCAAAGGUCUUGGGCUAAUCAAGCACUACCUAAAGGAUAUAACACAUCCAAGAAAUUGCUAGAAACAGAUGAUAAAGACCAAAAUGCUGAGAGAGAUUUGACUUGUACUUUAAGUAAAAUGGCUUGUAAAAAUCAGGGUUUAUCAAAAUCUGUAUUAGCAUCUAGUAAUAAAAGGAGUCAUGGUAUGUCUCUAAUGGAUUUGAGCAAGACAUCACCCAUUUUAGAGAGAAAGAGCUUGAUGCCCAGUAUUGAGAAUAUACCAACAAAAUGUGAAGGUAUUGAAAGUUCUGUGUCUAACUAUUCCAGUCCUAUCAAACUUAUGUUUUUGUCUGAGACUAAAAGCAGUGAAGGAAUCAAAUACACCUUAACUUCAGUCAGCACAUCACAAUCAAAUGCUGAUUUUGCUUCUCACAAACAUAAAAACCAUCAGGUAACUGGAAGAAAAAGAAAAGCAAAUGAAAUGCCAAACACUAGCUUUGAAGAGUAUAGUUCUGAUCAUCAUGAUCCUAACUUGCUUCAGCAUGAAUUACACCAGUUUAACUGUGGACAAGAGGCUACAGCAUCAUCUGCAGAGCUUACUGAUAGUUCAAAGAGUGGUAACCCGCAAGAAGACCCUAAGGGAAAGUCAAAUAGUGCUGCUGACUUACCACAUAAAAGAAAGCCAGGUAGACCUAAAAAAAUUGGUCCCCAAGUUGUGAAACAGAUUAAACGGCCAAUUGGAAGACCACCAAAACCUAAAGCUGGUCAAACAGAUGUCAGUGUUUGCCAAAAUGAAUCUUUUAGCCCUGAAAAGAAAAGUCCAGAGUCUUUCAUAUCAGAAGCCAAAGAAGGUGUUUGCAGAAAGAGUAUCAUUGUCACUGUUGUGUAUGGAAGGUCAAGAAGAACCAGGAGAUGUGUUUCUGAAGGAAGCAUGAACAUCAGCAACAUCUCAUUGAACAGUGAUGCUGCUGACUUUCCAGUUAACUCUUGUAAUCUCAGAAAUACUAAGGAGCAGGAAAUUGGCAGUGGUGAAAGUCUGAGUGCUGUAUCAAGAUUGACAACUGAAAGUGAGAUUUUUUAUUCUGACUUUGAUUAUGUUAGGCCCAUCAAAAGCAAAUCUAUGAUCCCUCAGGCUUCCAAGAACAUUAUUCGACCAAAUCAAAAGCCUUUCUCAAUUGUUAGGAAGCCUGGUAGACCUGCAAAAGUGAAAAUCUCUGGUAUAUCUGUAACUGUUAGUAGAAUUUCACCUCAGGAGAGAGAAGUAUGUGUUAGCAGCUGCUUACCUCCUUUAGAACAGGAGACCAUGUUAGAGAAAACUUGCCCAGAAGAAAAGCUUGACCAACAGUGCAGUAAGGUGGAUAGCAUCAAGUGUCCCAAUGUUGACAUACUUAAAAAUGAAUCAAACAGUACUGUUGUGUCUAUACCUUCAAAACAUUCAAUUAGGGCUAGAAAACCGUCUUUGCAUUUCUUACAUUCAUUUGCAUCCUCUGGCUCACUUACUUACAAAAAUGCUCUGUGUCAUAAGUCAUGUAAACUCCAUUUGCAGAAAGCCAAAAGUCCAAAGAAAAAAUGCAAGCAGUCAAGUUUUAGACUAGCUUCCAAAGGUACCACAGGAUCUAGACGCUCAAGGAAAGCAAAAAAAUACUUGGAAGAUAAAAAAUUAAUGCCCAUUCCUGAAGUAUCCUUGAAUCCUGUAAUUUCAUCCAACCCUUUACUCAGGUGGUGGGCUACUUCUGCUUCAAGUGAUUCCUUGUUAGAGGAAUUAAACAAUAGAUUUGAACAAAUAACAAAUGCGUGGGUACAGGUGAGUAGAGAUGAAGCUCAAAAUUUCAUUCAUAGAACAGAAUAUACUGAAGGUAAUCAUUUCAAAGCGGCAAGACCUUUGGAAACCUGUCUUCUAGAACUUGAAGUUUCACCUGUAAAAAUGCUUUUUCAGAAAAAGUAUGAUUUGAAUGAACUUUGUACCUGGUUUAUGCAAACAACAGAAACACAGUCCCUUUCACUAGUUAGAAAAGCAAAUGCACGGAACCCCUUGGAAGUAAUAAACACCAAGGGCAUUAAGUUAGGGGGGAAAUGCUGUGGGUUUAAUGCUAGUCCUUUCAGGAAGCACUUUAAAAAAUUUGCGGUCUCUUCUCCUUCAAAGUCAGCUGGGAAGUUUCAUAUACUACAUGAAAUGGUUGGCUCACCAUUCUUAAAUGUGAAAAGUAAUUUAACACUAGCCAGGUUGAAAAGGACUGAGUUUAAGAGUUUGCACUGUGAAAGGUGGAGAAAAGAGGAAAGGCCACACAGCUACAGAACAGUUGAUUGGAACUCAAAAAGAAGGAACUUAAGAUUUUUCUGCCAGAAUCAAUUUUUGACUAACACGGAAAGGCAGACAGAUGAAGAGACAACACUCAGUGGGAAAAGCACAGGAGGUAACCAGUGGGCCUUGCCCCUGGAAACCAGAGUCAACUUUCCUAGAGAGAGGGUGGCAGUGCACGAUUUCAAAGCACAUGCUAGUUUAGAGAGUAAAUUUAAGUCAGAAGCAAAGCAGAAUGGAACAGGGUGUGGCCAGAUUGAGUCUGAAAAGGAUCAAAGACUAGAAAAUGUGUUUUCCCAUAAUUGGAGGUCAAAAACUUUAAAAGACUGUAGAAUAUUUCUGAGGAAGAUCAACUGUCUUGAACACAGAAAUACUUUAAAGCUAAAUACGGUAAUUAAUCCUCCUGAAUCUGUUGACACUGGAGGCCAUCAGGCACAACCAGAAGAAUCAAUGCGCUUUAGUUUAAGGUCCCAUUCUGCAAGGCAAACUUCCUUUAAAAAGCAAAACGAAGGAAGAGAAAAUGCCAAAGCAAAUAGUCCUGCAAGUGACAGAUUGCCUGAUGAACUUGACAGUAGACAGCUAAAUAAUCCUGACAAAUUUGAGGUUCUUAGCAAAUUAAACAAAAGAAAAAGACCACCAUGGAAGACCACAGAAAUGUCAGCAAAAAGACAUAAACGACAGUCUUGCAGCAGUGGACAAAUGGCAAACUUUUGUACAAAAUCCUAAGUAGGUAAGUUUUUUUUCUCCUUAAUUUUAAAGUUUCAUUAUAGGUGCCUUGAGUAAAACAUAAGCUACUAGGUAGAAAAGGAACAGCUAAUUUGGUUCUAUUUUGUUUCUAAAAUAUUUGAACAACUUCCUUUCUUGGCACCUAGUAUGAAACUCGUGAAAUUAGGUGCUGCUAGAUGUGGUGCACUUAGCCACUGAGUGUCUGGCAUUCAGACACAAGACAAACACAUUUAGAAGAGACAUGAAGAACUUCUUGAAAAUAGCCCAUGAAUGUAUUUGUGGGUGACUGUGAACAACUAACUAAAAAUUCACUUCUGCAGGCUAAUAUAUGCUUAUUCUCCUCAAAAAUAACUAUGAGAAUAUACAGGAAACAGCUAAGACUGUCUCAUUUAAGACUGUAACAUUGUAGUCCUAGUUGUAAAUCUUCCUCAUUAAACUGUUACUCCAUUUGAUACUGCCUUGAAAACAUGCUACAAGACUGUUUAUUUAGAAAGUGGUAUACUAAAUUUUUUUCAAUGAUUAGCAAGUAUAUUAAGUGGGCUUCCAUUUAGAGCUCACGUGCCCAGAUAUAAAGAGGAGAACUCCUUUAUGUAACUGAGCAAGUCACUAUUAGGCCAUGUCAAAUUGAGAAUGCAAUCAGAAAUUAAGUUACACAGUCCUAGCAUCGGUACCCCAGGGAAAUUAUUGCCUUUUUGAAUGUAGCAAAGUGAUCAUAUGAACAUGGUAGUUGCCAGCAUAGCCGUUUUCCAUCUACUUAUUUGGUAGGUGGUGGACAGUGCAGGAUAUUAGAAUGGGAAACUUUACAGAUUACUUCCUCACCAUGAGAGAAUACCAAGUUAUAUUUAGAAAGAAGAGAAUGUUAUGGUUUGGGUUCAUUUUUACAUUGGAUAACUUUGGGGACUUAGGAAAGUAUUAGUGUCUUACUAGAGGCAGUAACAUCAGUUCUCAUUAAAAUACUAAAUGCAGUAAUUAAGCUGAAAACUUUUAAAUAGGCUAAUGGUUUUAUGUGUAACCCCUAGUUCACUUAAGUGAGUAAUUUUAACAUGUAUAAUUCAGUACUGUGUAACAUAUAGUGAUUAAAAUCUCAAAUAUCUGACAUGAAAUGACUAAAUUAUAAAAGGUAAAUGAAAACUAUAAAGAAUAACUUACUUGUGGUCCUCAAGAAGACUAAAAAUAACAGUAUUAACAAAUGCUAUGUCAGGAAAUUACCUAAUAACCAAUUUUUAAGCUUAUAAUUCACCUAAAUAUGUAUAGAUAAAGAAUAAAAUAUAGUUUCAUUUUUACUUGUGCUUCAUCUUCAUCUCAUGCUAUUACAGAUUUUCAAAAGCAAUUUGCAUUCAUUUUACAACAGAACCGUAUUUUGUCCUUACAGCUUCUUACCCAUUGUAUUUUUCUAACAGUCAAAUACAGUCUUACUUUAAUACUCUUUUUCACCCUGCCAGAUAUAAGAUUAUCCUAAAGCAGGAAGAUGGAGAAUAUUUAAAUAUUACUUUUUCAAAUUAAUUUUAAAAUUCUUUGUGAGUACUUAAAAAAUUACAUCAUAUGAAGAGUUGUUUUUCACCUUUUCCAUUUUAAAAUUUGCUAGUGCUGUUUCCUGUUCUGCUUAAAAUUUUAUUCAUCUUUACUGAUAACUUUCCUUCUUUAUUUUUAACAUUUUUAAUCAACAAGAUCAUUAUUUUUAUACAAUUGUAUUUAUAACAAUAUUUGUUUUUGUUUAUGUGAUUUUUAAAUGUUUCUUACAGUGUCAU